CAGCAGCAACAACAACGCAGAAAAUCUCAGCAGCAGCAGCAGCAACAAAGACACGCGCAACACUCGUCCUUGGCGCAACCAAUUGUGGUGGGCACGCGCGCCAUGCAGGCAGCACGCGGUAGCGUUUUUGCUCCAGAAAAUUUCCGUUCGGCCGAAAAUUCUCCAAAGGAGCAAAACAAAAAUAGCAACAAUGCAACGCCUGAUGGCAACAAGAACAACGAUUUGGAUGGAACCUACACGAUUUAUACGACUAUAGAUAAUAACAGUAACACGCCUGCUGCACAGGCAACAGCUACAGCAAGAGGCAAUCAAAAUCAAAAACAACAACAACAACAACAGCACACAAGUGGAGUCACCGCAAAUGGUCGACGUUUCGUUAAUGUGGACAAAUUUGUUAUGCAAAGCAACAGGUUAAUCUCAUCGGACGGAGAAGCCGCAUUGAUUGCAUCAGCAGCCAUUACGGACCUGGAACUGCAACAGCAAAUUAACGAAGCUAAACAAGUAACACCGAUUUCUCUCAAAUCAGCCAGUUAUUCGCAGAAAUCCACUGCAUCUGCACAGUCAGCAGGUGACGUUGCUAACAGCACGCAGGGCACACCUAAACUGAGCCACGACAGCGAGGACUACAAUUUGAAUUCGACCACGGAUAAAAAGAACACAACCGACAACGGUUCAAUGAUUCGAAUGGGUGCUCUGCAAGAUGCGUGUAGUGAUAAUGAAUCAAGUAGUCCAACACCAGCGAAAUGGCGUAGUGAUCCAGACGUGUUGCAGUUGGAGGAUGUAAAGGAUAGCAGCAGCCCAAUAAAUGUAGUGACAAGUGGUGGCGCUUCACCGCUGAGGAAAAAUGGCAGUCUUGCAAGUUUGCAUAGUAAAAGUGAAAGUAUCAAGACACAGUUAGGGGAUACUCCCACAGUACUCUCGCGCACACAAUCGGCAAAGUCACUACUUAUUGAAGAAGACAUCGAGGACAAUGGUAGCUUCGUGGUAAUGGAGGAGCUACAUACCGAACGACAGAGUAGUGGCAUAAAAGAGCAAAGUGUACGCGAAAUGAGCGCAGGCAGUAAGGACGAUACACCUCGUAGAGAGUAUGGAAAUGAUGAUAAAUGUGCGUGCCAGUCGAAUGCCAUUACAGCACAGCCGCAAACACCUUUACGUUCACGCCCACCAACGCGAUCACGUUCACCUACAAUAGCUGAGAUUAAAUUACUUUCACGCCGCAAUUCAAUGAUCAAAUCCAUGGAAUCCUUGUAUGAACGUCCCCCUUCGAAGCAAGAGUUAAUAUUUGACAAUACCAGCACCGAGUCGGGCUCGGCCGCAAGCUCACAACUCAAUACCACCAUACCAAUAAAGCCACAACAUACACCGUUAAAACAAAAAGCGAAAACUUCACAUUUCCUCAAAAAUCAUCGACGAGUUUCACCAGUCAAACAAGCAAUUAAAAUGCCACAAGCCGAGCUCUAUCCACCAACAAUGCAGCGUUUCGAGAAGCCACGUGAUGCUUUGCUAAAAACAUUCGAUCAACUCGACUCAACUAAUUGGGAGGUCAUAAUAUUGGGUCUCAAGUCAAUGGUGCGCUUAAUGCGUUAUCACGCGGAGUAUUUGGAGAAUCAAAUGCAUAUGGUUUGCAUACAGUUAACGCGUUCGGUGCGUAAUCUACGUUCGCAGGUAGCACGUGCCGCCUGUCAAGCCGCCACCGAACUCUUCUCGCUCAAAUCCAAAUGCUUGGAACAGGAGUGCGAUGAUUUGGUUUGUGCCUUAUUACAUCGUACCGCUGAUACAAACCGUUUCCUGCGCGCCGAUGCGACACGUGCGCUGGAGUCAAUGUGUGAUAAUCUAACGCCGCUAAAAAUCUUGAAUAUACUCUCCACAAAGGGGGCAGUGCAUCAGAAUGCGUUGGUACGCACAACCACCGCAAAACUUCUGCAUCGUCUCGUUGAACGGCUGGGUAGUGAUAAGGUGUAUACAAUGCCUCGUGAUAAUCGUGAUAAAUUUUUUGUGACUGGCGCUAAUUUACUGCUGGAGGGCAGUCUGGAAACGCGCAGCUAUGCCAAGUCAAUAUUUCGUCUGCUUUCGGAUCAUCCCAACUACAAUCGUCUGCUUAUUGAGGUGAUCCCAACGCGUACAUAUCGUAAUGUGGAGAAGACGCUGAAAAGCAUACGUUGAAAAGUGUCCAACGACCUAUAUAUGUAUUAUGGAAUUAGUUAUGUAGAAAAUAUAUAUCACCCGUUUUGUACAUAAAAGUUCUUUUGUUUU